CACAAAUGCCCUAAAAACGUGGGUUGGGAAACAAGUCUUUGAGGUCAGAUCUGUUGAAAGCAUCAUUCGUCAUGGGGUUAAAUCAAAAUCUCGUACACAUCACACGCCUCUGUACGUGGUUCCAGCUCUUUAUAAGUCCCACAAGGACAUCUGCCUGUUUCACAGUCACGUGAGACGUACGUGAUUGUAUAAGGAGAACUUGUUUUGUAGGCAUGUGAAGGGCACCAGGUUUGGUACAUCGCCACGCUAAACACCGGAUGCCAUGCUCUGCGAGUUGGAUGUGAUGGUAGUAGAGGAGUCGUGGCACAGAGUGUCAGGAAGGGGGCCAUGAGUCUGAGACAGGUAGCUUGUGCCACUGACCCCUCCUUGUCAGACAUCUUGCACAUCACUGCAUGUCCUAUACUCCAAUAGAAGACUGUACCGCGUUCUUAGUCUUGGCGCUGAUAUUUUGGAGACCAUUCCAGAGUCUGAGACACAUGUCACUGAUAGGAUGACGGUCUUCUGGAGCGCUGAGGCUUGUUCUACAACUGUGAUGAUCCUUAGCAUGAUAUAUCACUGGUUGUGUUGCCAGAUGGUCGGAGGAGAGUGAAGCAGAACCUUUUUGUGGAACUGAUUUUCAACACGCCAUUUCCAGUCCCAAACGAUUCGUUUAGCAUUUAAACCUAUUCGCGGGACACUUACGUGACAAUGGAUUUAUUUAAUAUUCUCCUAGAACCUCAACACAACUGACAUUUUUACAUAAUAGAUCAACAAAUGCGAGCUUCAGAGUGACCUCUUCUGUGGAGCAGGACCGAUGUGAAUAACACGCUCUUGGGGCUGAUGGUUCUAAGUGUUUCCCGUUACUUCAUCGCCCCUUGACGACGACUAAUACCACAGUGCUAACACGCUAAGCAGUGAGUAGCUAAUGCUUGUUAUUUGGAGGCUUCAUGUUCACCAGGAACUGCCUGUAACCAUUACAGAACCGUUACAUCCGUCUCACGGCCGAGCACCUCACCACGAGCACGCAGUCCACGCCAUGACACCCGGUGUUUAGAAGCCAGCACGACAUUAUGAUACCUGCCAUUGAGAUGGAAACACCCAGGACGAUGAACACAAGCACUCCAGACCCUCUCGGCGUAACUGCAGCGACGUCAGACAACACCUCCUCCAGCGAGUACGACUACAAGCACGACGGACAUGGUCUGUUCAAAUGGCAUGGCGCUGAGAUCCUGUUCCUUGUCAUCAUAUUCCUUGUGGGCACCGUGGGCAACGGCCUCGUCAUGUACAUCUACCACUUCCGGUGGAGACGGUCUAACUUCACCUUCUUCAUCAAAGUCUUGGCGGCCAUCGACUUCUUUAACUGUGUAGUGUCAGUGCCCUUGUUCUUCGUGAUGACCGUCGACGGGAGUCAUUCGGCGUUCGACCCGUUGUGCAAGACGACGUCGUUUAUAGCAAUAUCCAACGCGGUGUCUUCAGCCGUGGUGCUGACAAUUGUUGCCUUUGACAGAAACAGAAAGAUCCACAGACCACUGAAACAUGAGAUUCGUGAAUCAAACACCCGGAAGCUGGUGGUGUUCGCCCUCGUUAUAGGAUUACUAGUGUCUGUUCCUGGUGUCUUCUCGUUUGGAAGUAAACAUACGCGGUAUAGCGAGAACGGUAAUAUUUUCAACAUCACCUGGUGUUUCUUCUCGGACGAGAACCUCGGUAGUACCCUGGUGUACGUGUACGUCGCUGUUCUCGGUGUUGUGUUCAUGGUGAUCAUGAUGGCCAUGUCGUCGCUGUACUUCUCCAUCUGGAGAGCUCUUCGGCUUCACCUUCAGAGGAGGGAAUCUCUUGGGUGCCACCGGUCCUCAAUUGGCAUGACCAAGAACGGAAAUUACUACAGAUCUCAAAAGACUACAGCGAAAUUAUUCUUCAUCAUAACUGUGGCAUUCUUUGUGAGUUAUUUCCCGUAUUAUAUCAGCAUUGCAGUAUUUCUGAUAGACGAUUACAAACAUCAGUUGACAUCACUGAAGAAAGCCUUCGCCGACAUUGCCAAACUUGCGCCGUUGGCCAGCUGUGCUAUAAACCCUCUUAUAUAUAGUAUAUCCUCAGCUCGAUUCAGGAGAGAGAUCGCUCAGAUCUUUAAACGCGCUGGGAGGACAUCAGAAGCGAAGAAGAAGAUUCUGUUCAACUCACUCAAUAGCCAAGAACAGGCAGGACAGCUCCAACUGAAGCACUCCCGCUCACAAUCCGGCUCUUCAUUCGGACUUAAGUCGGUGUCAAAUGACCAGAUUGUGUUUGGAAAGAUCAACAUUCCUACUACUGAGAAACAAUCUUACUCUUGAGCGCUGUAUGUGACAGAGACAUGGUAGACACAGAGUUCUAUAUUUUUCUACAGGGGUCAUGAUCAAAGCCAGUCGUUGCCUUCCAUCCUCAUCUCCGACCAUGGGGGUCCAUUCCUCCAUGUUUCCAUUUGCUGUGACGUCUUAAAAUAACCCAACGAUCACAGAAGCUAUUUAUUAACAGCGCUCUGACUACUAUAAUCUAUGCAGAUAUGUUAAAGACGCCUUAUUUAAUGAAAAUAUCUGACAAUAUCUUACAUACCGAUUCCGUUUGUUUGCAAGUGUUAAAAUUGUUUUUUCAACUUGAAAAAAUAUUCUUAAUAUCUAAGAACAUGGAUGCUGCAAUGUUUAAAGCUUGUAAACUACCAUGUCAGAAAGAUGCAAUUUGAUUGGGUAGAAUGUUGGCUGCUUCUCAACUUAACAAGGCCGCUAUUGGACAAGAUGGUUAUAUUAGGAGGCGAGUAACGUUAACACGGCUCGCCGCUUGCUACAUCCAGUAUGUACAGUGGAAAUUUUGCUUGACGUCGAAUGAUGUGCAUAAUUUUUAUUUUCAUUUUACAUGUGUUUUCUAUCACGUGACAGAUUCUUAUAAAAUCUCUUUUUCAUA